UGCAGGUGCCACGUAGAGCAAGAGCGCGCGCGUCUUGUCUGUAUUCUUUGUUAUCCAGGAUAAUAUUCAGUUGAAUAAAAGUUGUUGUUGUUGUGACAAGUCUAGAAAUAUUCCUCUGCUGCACGAGUAUUUUGCCAACUUUUUGAAGCAAUUAUUUUCUCACCAUCAUCUACGGAUCUACGGUGCACCUUCACACAAACCGGACUCUCCAUAAAUAUGUGAAGAUCGAGGAUGCGGCGGCAAUGGAGAGCUGUUAUUAUUUGAUGCUUCCGACAGGCAUUAUUGGAAAGAUGACCAUUUUCAACGCUGACUUCCUCCAAGAAUCACCGUGCGGUCAUGUGUUUUCGGAGCGGAGAGACUUCUAUAGCAGUGUCUCAAAUGCAUGGGGUGUGCUGUUUAUGGUAAAUCUGUAGCAUGAUGAGCAGUGAUUUGGAGCGCGUUUCACUCAAUUCAACGACGGCUAACUCGGGAAUUGGGUCGGGUGGCCGCGCGCUGUCAGCAAACGUUCGGAAGCUGCACAACGCGCUCAACCUGCUGCUCACAGACUUUGAGAGAGAACAGUUCAUACACUGUCUAAAUGUUUACCAUGCAAAGCGCAACGUCUUCGAUUUAGUUCAAACUCUCAAAAUAAUCCUCAACACGCCAAACAAACGACAACUCCUCCCCAUGUUGCGGUUGGUCAUUCCGCGCUCAGACCAGCUGUUGUUUGACCAGUAUACUUCCGAGGGCCUGUACCUUAAAACGGACCAUCUACCGCAAAACAGUGGUAACAACCCUGAAAGCUCCGAAGGAGAAGUAGGCAAUGCUGCAAACCACCAUGUCCAAAUUCCCACUGCUCACUGUAUGAACCCUCAUGAUCUCUCUUGUUAUGCAUCAUCAGGAGCGUGUCCCGGCAAGGAUGGUUUCAGCACCACUGUUGAUGGGACCGCUCCCCAGGCUUUCAUCCAGGGGGAGCCUUUUGGAGAGAUCCGCCAAGUGACACUGAGACGCAGAAAGAGCAAUGAGGGUUUAGGGUUCAGCAUCCGGGGAGGCUCCGAGCACGACGUGGGAAUAUAUGUGUCGCUAGUAGAACCCGGAUCUUUUGCUGAGAAUGAGGGAUUGAGGGUCGGUGAUCAAAUAGUGACUGUUAACGACAUGCUGUUUGACAGACUCUCACACAUGGAGGCAGUCAAGGUCCUGAAGGGCUGUAAGAAGCUCGCCAUGUCAGUGUGUUCUGUGGGCCGUAUCCCUGGCGGUUAUAUCACCAACCACAUCUACACCUGGGUGGACCCUCAGGGCCGCAGUGUCUCCCCUCCCUCCGACCUGGAGAAGCAGGAGCAGCACAGCACCCUGGGACGGCAGGACAGUCAGAGACGUGGACACACACAGGAGAGGGCUGAGAAGACGAUCACCCUAAACUUGAACGAUGGUCUCUCUCUGGGCCUGAUGAUCAGAGGAGGGGCAGAGUACGGCCUGGGCAUAUACAUUACUGGAGUGGACCCAGGCUCAGCCGCAGACCACGGUGGACUCAAGGUGGGCGACCAGCUGCUGGAGGUGAAUGGGCGGAGCUUCGUGGCCAUCCCCCAUGAUGAGGCGGUGAGGAUCCUGAAGACGUGUCGCCACCUGCUGGUUAGGGUGAGAGACGUUGGCCGCCUGCCCCAUGCCCGCACCGUGGUGGACCAGACCAAAUGGGUCAGCAGCCCUAGCCCCCCCAGCCCACCGCCCAUAGCAGAGAGCACCGCCAGCCCGGCUACAACACGGCCAUCUUCAGCGCGGGCUACACCUGUAUUAGGAAAGUCAGUGUGUCGAGGUGUGUGGCCCCCAGGUUCCCAGGUGUCUCUGGAGGAGCAGGCCUUUCUGCUGCUGACAGACCCAGAGAGGCAGACCAUGGUUUACUACCUGCAGGAGUACCAGGAGGGACACAUCGGUCUGGAACCCCUGGCUAUGGCCCUGUUUGAACUCUUCAACACCCACGCCAAGUUGUCCUUGCUGUCUGAGGUGCGUAGCCUGGUGGCUCCCCAGGACCUGGAGGUGUAUGAUGGUCUGGUGCUGCACCGUGAGAGGGAGGCUCUGAAGGCCUGGCAUGGAGAAACAGGAACGUUGCAUCCACACAGCCACUGUGUGCACACAGAGCCCUCAGCCAGCCACAGCCACUGUGUGCACACAGAGCCCUCAGCCAGACACAGCCACUCCAACCCCACCACUCUCUGCUCUGCCAAGAAAAAAGUGCGGUCUACAGCUGAAUCUCCUCCGUCCUUCAAGUCAUCACUUCCCUCCGGCCAUACCCAGACGAGAAACCCCAAGGAGAGGGACCCUUCCAAGCGUCCCUCAUCCAGUCACUCCCAGUCUGGCCUGAUCUUUACUGCCCCCACCAGGCUACAUCAGGAAUGUCACCACAAAUCCCUCAAAGCAUUCAGCUCCUCCAACCAUCAAACCUCCACCUCCCCGAGUUCUGGCCUCCAUCACACCUGUCCCAACCCUGGCCACCAAAACAGCCCCAACCCUGGCACCAACCACAGUGCCAAUCUAAGCUCUGGUCAUCAGACAUCCAUAAACUCUCUUCACCACACCUGCCAAAACUCCCUCCACAUCUCCACCCCCACCUCUGACCACCAUCCCCACCAAGGCUGCCCCACCUCUGGCCACCAUACCUGCCCCGGCUCCCUUGAUCACAACUCCUUGUCAUUCCCCUCUGCUCUUCCAACCCAGGAGACAACCAUCAAGCACCCCAUCUUCAGAUCCUCUUCCCAUGAGAAGCCUGCUACCUCCCAUAAGACUGCCUCCCCUUGUCUCUCACCGUGUCCCUCCCCUGGUCUCUCCCCAUGUCUGUCCCCCUGUCCCUCGCCCUGUCCCUCUCUCGUUGUCCUGAAGCCGCCCCCAUGUAGCCCAGACAGACCCUGCUCUCCCUGUUCUCCCUCCCUCAGCCAGGGAGGUCAGUGUGUCAUGGCAGGCGUACACAGACUGACUGCUGAGGUCAGGCCCCAGCCCCAGCAGAGAGGUGCCACAUUGUCCCAACUGUCAGACAGUGGUCAGACUCUGAGUGAGGACAGUGGGGUGGACAUUGCUGAGGCAGGAGGGCUGAGUAAAGACAGCAGUCCUCGGCCCAGUAAGAACCAGGCCACACAGCAGUCCCAAGUGGCCCAGGGACCUGCAGCACUGGCAUCCAAACAGCAGCCAGGCUCUCCAGUGCCCACCCCUACCCUGGUACAUGUAGUAAAGAAUGCCAAUACUCUGGGUAUCGCUAUAGAGGGAGGGGCAAACACACGCCAGCCGCUGCCACGCAUCGUCACCAUACAGAAGGGGGGCUCGGCACACGGUUGUGGGCAGCUGAAGGUGGGUCAGGUGAUUCUGGAAGUGAACGGUGUCUCCCUGAGGGGCCGUGAGCACCAGGACGCUGCUUGCAUCAUCGCUGAGGCCUACAAGUCCAAAGAGAGGGACCACAUUGACUUCCUGGUCACAGAGUUCAACGCAACCCUCCUGCAGGGCCUUUUGCAGGGUCAUAUUCAUUAGCCACCAUACAGAAGAAAAUGGACUAAAAUAGGCAGGAACUUAUCAAAUAAGAAAUUCUUGUUCCUAUUUUCCUGCAGGGGCUUUAGCAGGACUUUGCACCUUAAAGAGGUGAAACGGAAGGAGAAGGAGAUAACGGGAGGGAGAGGUCUGAGUGUUAAUAUAAACAAUCUAUCUUAGUCUCGUCUAAGCCCGUUCUCCCUUCCCACUUUUUUUGUCUGUAGAUCGCAACAAGGCUUUCCAUGUAGAGUUGUAUUGCCAAAAUGCAUGACAUUCUGCAUUAAGAACUCCCCAAUAUAAUCUAAUAGAACCUAAGAAGAACUCACCAAUAUAACCUAAUAGAACCUAAGAAGAACCCACCAAAGGAACCGAAUUGUAUUGAACUGAAAUCUUGAAAAUCACAGCUUAUAACAACAAUAUCAAUGCUGUGAUGUCAUUAAUUAUGUCAUUCCAUUUAGCUGCUUUUCAGUCUCCCUGCUCUCUCCUCUCCAAUAGGUCUGCCAUUUGUAGCAGCUCUCCCCUGGAAGUGGUUAUACCAAGACGGUGCUUUGAAAAUGGACAGAAAUGGUAUCUAAUCUUAGUCAAACUAUACCUUUGUGCUAUCUCUAAAAUACUUUCUUUGUAUCAUUUCUGUAAUGUUUUAUGAACACCCUAUAUGUUGUAUAUAACACUGAAAUGGGUAGAGGAUUUGAGCUAUUUAUAACACUAGGUCGUCUGUAUGUAAGAAGAUAACAUUUCUUUAUGGAUUUUAUUAAUUGACUUAAUUUUUUAUUUAUAAGGGCAGUUCGUUUUCUAUUCUUUGUGUUCAUGGUAUACCGUAUUGGUUAAUUGGCUGUGGGGUGAAUCUUGUGAUUACAUAAAUAAUCCUUUUUCAUACACUUCCAUAUAUAUAUAUAUAUACAGUAUAUACACAGUAGAUAAAAGCAGAGACAACACUGAGAAUUAGCAAAGGUACUUCAUCUGAGCUGUAGAGCUGAAUCAGAGACAGUAAUGUUUCCUGGGAGAGGAAAAUUAGUACAUGAGCUACUAAUGAUUCGUUAUACAGAUACAUGACUUGUCAAUUCUAGUUAACUGACUCACUAUUAGCAGAGAUGGGGUGGAGGGGAUGCAGCAGCAGCCAUAAUGCACAUUGUGUGUUUGGGAGAGAAUAUACUGUACACAUCGCCAAAAGUCAAGUUCUUCCACACCAGUCUCAGCAAACCAUUUCACUAUCGACGUCUGUGCACGGGGCAUUGUCAUGCUGAAACAGGAAAGGGCCUUCCCCAAACUGUUGUCAAAAAUUUGGAAGCACAGAAUCGUCAAGAAUGUCAUUCUAUGCUAUGGCGUUAAGAUUUCCCUUCACUGGAACUAAGGGGCCUAGCUCAAACCAUGAAAAGCAGCCCACAGACCAUUGUUCAUGCUUUACAGUUGGCACUAUGCAUUCGGCCAGGUAGCGUUCUCCUGGCAUCCGCCAAACUCAGAUUUGUCCGCCGGACUGCCAGAUGGUAAAGCGUGAUUCAUCACUCAAGAGAACGUGUUUCCACUGCUCCAGAGUCCAAUGGCGGGGAGCUUUACACCACUCCAGCUGACGCUUGGCGCUUCUGAUCUUAGGCUUGUGUGUGGCUGCUCGACAUUUCCACUUCACAAUAACAACACUUACACUUGACCGGGGGCAGCUCUAGCAGGGCAGAAAUUUGACAAACUGACUUGUUGGAAAGGUGGCAUCCUAGGAUGGUGCCACGUUGAAAGUCACUGAGCUCUUCAGUACGGGCCAUUGUACUGCCAAUGUUUGUCUAUGGAGAUUGCAUGACUGUGUGCUCCAUUUUAUACACCUGUCAGUUACGGGUGUGGCUGAAAUAGCCGGAUCCACAAAUUUAAAGGGGUGUCCACUUACUUUUGGCCAUGUAGUGUAUCAGCGGCAGUGUAUGCUAGUGUAGUGAGAUACUAGUGGAUAUCCUGCCACCAUAACGGGGAGGUUGGCACCAGUCACUUCCCGAAUGGGUCCUGGCCAAAAGUAGUGCACUAUAUAGGGAAUGGGGUGCCAUUUGGGAAAUAUCACAUUGCUUGCUGUUGAUGGAUGUCUUGAACUGGAUGAACUGUUGAAAGAGAAUAAGAAUGUAUAAAAUGACUAAUGAUACAUCUUUCAAUAAGAGUAUAACAGAUUAUCAAAGACUAAAGGUUUGUAGGUAUUUUUUUAUAUUAUACAAAUGACAUGUUUUUGUGACUGCAAACAGUCCAAACAUGAUACAUAUAUAUUGUCCACAUAUAUGCAUUCGGAAAGUAUUCAGACCCCGUGACUUUUUCAACAUUUGCAUACGUUACAGCCUUAUUCUAAAAUGGAUUAAAAUGGAUUUUUCCCCUCAUCAAUCUACACACAAUACUCCAUAAACAGUUUCAUACAAAAUAAAAUACUGAAAUAUCACAUUUACAUAAGUAUUCAAACCCUUUACUCAGUACUUUAUUGAAGCACCUUUGGCAGUGAUUACAGCCUUGAGUCUUCUUGGAUAUGACUCUACGAGCUUGGCACACCUGUAUUUGGGGAGUUUCUCCCACUCUUCUCUGCAGCUCCUCUUAAGCUCUGUCAGGUUGGAUGCUGAGCGUCGCUGCACAGCUAUUUUCUGGGCUCUGGCUGGGCCACUCAAGGACAUUCAGAGACUUGUCCUGAAGCCACUCCUGCGUUGUAUUGGCUGUGUGCUUAGGAAUGUUGUCCUGUUGGAAUGUGAACCUUCACCCAAGUCUGAGUUCCUGCGCACUCUGGAGCAGGUUUUCAUCAAGGAUCUCUCUGUACUUUGGUCCGUUCAUCUUUGCCUCAUUCCUGACUAGUCUCCCUGUCCCUGCCGCUGAAAAACAUCCGCGCUGUCACGUGCCUUUUACUGAGGAGUAGCGCCCUUCGGGCUACUCUACCAUAAAGGCCUGAUUGGUGGAGUGCUGCAGAGAUGGUUGUCCUUCUGGAAGGCUCUCCCAUCUCCACAGAGGAACACUGGAGCUCUAUCAAAGUGACCAUCGGGUUCUUGGUCACCUCCCUGACCAAGGCCCUUCUCCCCCGAUUGCUCAAUUUGACCGGGUGGCCAGCUCUAGGAAGAGUCCUGGUACCCUUCCCCAGAUCUGUGCAUUGACACAAUCCUGUCCUGGAGCUCUACGGACAAUUCCUUCGACCUCAUGGCUUGGUCUUUGCUCUGUCGAGCACUGUCAACUGUGGGACCUUAUAUAGACAGGUUUGUGCCUUUCCAAAUCAUGCACAAUCAAUUGAAUUUACCCCAUGUGGACUCCAAUCAAGUUGUAGAAGCAUCUCAAGGAUGAUCAAUGGAAACCGGAUGCACCUGAGCUAAAUUUCGAGUCUCAUAGCAAAGGGUCUGAAUACUUAUGUAAAUAAGGUAUUCCUGUUUUGUUUUUUAAUUAAUGUCAAAAAAUUCAUAAAAAGCUGUUUUUGCUUUGUCACUAUGGGGUAUUGUGUGUAGAUUGAUGAGGAUUUUUUUUAAAUGUAAUCCAUUUUAGAAUA